AUGUGGAUCCCAUUAACUUGUGUACUGCUGCUUUCUGCUAAUGUGCUCUUGCUAGAUGAAGAUGUCCUUGCCCGUUAUCAAAAGUUUAAAGGGCAGCAUAUCAUUGGGGAAAAGAAUGUCAGAUGUGACACCGAGAUUCAGAAAAGGGACAUCUCCGAAACUAACAGCAACAAGUGUAAGGAGACCAAUACCUUCAUCAAAGCUACUGACAGUGAAAUCAAAUCUGUCUGUGGGAAUGCAGGAGAGCCAGAUGGAGGACUCGGCGUGUACUGGUUCAGAGCUGGAUCACAUGAAUCUCAUCCCAGUGUCAUUUACGCUCAUGGAAACAGUGGUGAUGAAUGUGAGAAGAGUCCUGAGGCUCGCUCUUCACACAAAUGUGUCUACAACUUCUUCAAGGACGACAUCAGCUCCUCUGAUGCUGGGACUUAUUACUGUGCUGUGGCCACAUGUGGACAGAUGUUAUUUGGAAAUGGAACAAAACUGGACGUUGAAGUUGGCAGCACGUGUGAUUCACAGAAAGGCGACACAGUUCUGUAUCUGGUGUGUGCUGCUUUGGCUUUAAGUCUGGUUCUUGUAGCCUUCCUUCUUUAUGCCAUCAGGAAAAAAUCCUGUGAUUGUUGUGACGCUGUUGUCACUCUGCAAGCAAAUGCUGCGUCAGCCAGUGGUGAUCAGCAAAGUCAGCAGAGAAAUGAGGAUUCUUUGGUUUAUUCUGCACCAGACUUUACCAGGAGGAAAGCCGGCAAAUCAGGGAGAAGAAGUGCAAGAAAGGAGGAGACGAUCUACGCUGAAGUCAGGGCUUUUGUGAUGGAUCCAUAAUCUAAACACUGGAUAUACUAAUUAAUGCUAAAAUAUAUUUUUUGUGCUACACUGGGUGGAAAUACACUGCUUUUGUUUUAGCUGUAUAUUUUGCACCGUUAACAUAAUAUAACAAAUUCGAUAAACUCAUAUGUUUUAUGUAUUAUAUUUAUAUAUUUUGUCCAAGU